UAUCGACGUGUUUUUUUAUAUUUUUUUUUGUUGUUGAUUAAAUUAUUAUUAUAAUUAUAUAUACAAAAUGUCUGUAUGACAGACUUGAUUUUUAUAACAAAUUUUAGAUUAUUUAAUUUUUUAGUAAUAGUGCAAUAUACCUAUCAAUAAUUCAGUAUUAAAAAUAAUUUUUGUAUUUUAUUAUUGAUGACAAUUACUCAAUGUUUUUUUGAUUCUGUUGAUAUUUUUUAUCACUGACAGCAACUGUCAGUUGUCGGUCUUUAUAAACACUUGCUUUUAUUUGAUAAAAUUAUAAUUUUAAUAUUAAAAAUGAAUGUCAUUAGUGCAUUAAAACUUUAUGUUUCAAGAAUGACAGAAGAGAGUGGUCCAGGUAUGAAAGUACUUUUGAUGGAUAAACAAACGACAAGUAUUGUCAGUAUGGUUUUUAGUCACUCUGAAAUAUUAAUGAAGGAAGUUUAUUUAUUUGAAAGAAUUGAUGCAUCAUCAAGAAAUGAAGCACUUAGACAUUUAAAAUGCAUUGUUUUCAUAAGACCAACCAAAGAUAAUGUUGCAUUACUUUGUAAUGAAUUAAGAAAUCCAAAAUUUGGAAUUUAUUAUAUUUAUUUUAGUAAUAUCAUUGCUAAAGCAGAUAUUAAACUACUUGCUGACAAUGAUGAGCAAGAAGUUGUACGUGAAGUUCAUGAAUUUUAUGCUGAUUAUUUAGCAAUAAAUCCACAUCUAUUUUCAUUUGGAAUUGAUGCUUGUUCACAAGGUCUUUCAUGGAAUCCUGAACAUCUUCAUCGUAGUUGUGAAGGCAUAAUAUCUGUUUUAUUAUCAUUAAAAAAAUGUCCUUAUAUACGUUAUUCAAAUACCUCAAAAAUGGCUAAAAGAUUCGCUGAAAAAAUACGUGAAGUAUUAACAAAAGAAUCAAAUUCAUUUAAAUUUCGUCAAGAAACAGAUCCAAUAUUACUUAUUAUUGAUAGAAAAGAUGAUCCAGUAACUCCAUUACUUAAUCAAUGGACAUAUCAAGCAAUGGUACAUGAAUUAUUAACAAUUAAUAAUAAUCGUGUUAAUUUAUCACACAUUGAUGGUAUAUCAAAAGAGCUAAAAGAAGUUGUAUUAAGUGCUGAACAUGAUGAAUUUUAUGCUGAUAAUUUAUAUUUAAAUUUUGGUGAAAUUGGACAAACAAUUAAAAAUUUAAUGGAUGAAUUUCAAAAAAAAGCACAAAAAAAUCAAAAAGUUGAAAGUAUUGCUGAUAUGAAAAAUUUUGUUGAAGCAUAUCCGUUAUUUAAAAAAAUGUCUGGUACUGUAUCAAAACAUGUUACAGUUGUUGGUGAAUUAUCAAAUUUAGUUGGUAAAUAUAAUUUAUUAGAAAUAUCAGAAACAGAACAAGAAUUAUCAUGUCAAAAUGAACAUUCAAAUCAAAUUCAAAAAAUUAAAAAAUUAUUAAAUAAUACAAAUGUACGUGAUAUUGAUGCAACAAGAUUAGUUAUGUUGUAUGCAUUACAUUAUGAAAAACAUACAAAUAAUGAAAUUGAUAAUCUUGUUGAUAUGUUGAAGAAACGUAAUGUACCAGAUAAAUAUACUAAAUUAGUUUAUAAUAUAUUACAAUACAGUGGAAUUAAUACAAGACAGAGUAAUUUAUUUGAUCGUGAAGCUGUUGCUAAAAUAACUAAAAAAUUAUUUAAAGGAUUGAGUGGUGUUGAUAAUAUUUAUACUCAACAUAAUCCACUUUUAACUGAAAUCUUGGAUGAUCUUAUACGUGGUAAAUUAAAUCCACAAAGCUAUCCUUAUCUUGGAAAUAUGGUCAUGAAAACAAGAAUUCAAGAUGUCAUUGUAUUUAUUAUUGGGGGUGCAACGUAUGAAGAAAGUUUAGCUGUUUAUAAUAUAAAUAAACAAAAUCCAAAUAUUAAAGUUAUUCUUGGUGGUACAACAAUUCAUAAUUUUCAAAGUUUUUCAAAUGAAAUUGUAUCAGCGACAAAUGGAACAACACCAAGAUAUAAACCAAGAAGUCAUUAAUGAGAAAAAUUAAAUUAUAUAAUUAUUUAUUCCAAAUAAUUUAUACAAAAAAUUUAUAUAAAAAACCGAAAAAAUCGAUUAUUUAAUAUUUUUUUUUUUUUAAAUAAUUAUUUAUUUUCCUUGUGCAAUUGAUUAAAAAAAAUUGGCACGUGUAUAAUUACAUAAAUAAUGAUGAACAAAUAUAAAAAUAUUUAGGCCAA